GUAGAGAUGACGUCACUUCUGCCCUUCUUCCGUGUAUAGAUUAUAGAUAGCAUUUAGGAAAACAUCCUACAGGGCACGGGCAGAUUGCUGGGGGAUGUUGGUGCCAGCGCCCUGUCUUCUGCUCUGACAGAGUGGCGACCGGAGGGGAGAGGGAUAUGGAGACUAAAUCAUCCACAAUGCAAGUGAGCUUUGUAUGCCAGCGAUGCAGUCAGCCAUUGAAGUUAGACACCUCCUUCAAAAUCCUGGAUAAAGUAACCAUGCAGGAGCUGACAGCUCCACUGGUGACAACAGCUGCUGCAAAACCAGGGGGCACCCAUGAAGAGGAUUUAAGUACUGAGGAAACCUUUAUGGAGAACAGGCUGGAUGGAGUUUCUAGACGAUUAAUCCCUCCUGCCAGGAUGAUGUCCACAGAAAGUGCAAACAGCUUCACAUUGAUAGGAGAAGCAUCUGAUGGAGGCACGAUGGAGAAUCUAAGUAGAAGACUCAAGGUGACUGGAGAUCUCUUUGACAUCAUGUCAGGACAGACUGAUGUGGACCAUCCCCUGUGUGAGGAGUGUACAGACACUCUUUUAGACCAGCUUGAUAACCAGCUGAAUAUCACAGAGAACGAGUGUCAGAACUACAAACGCUGCCUGGAGAUUCUGGAGAGGAUCAAUGAAGAUGAUAAGGAGAAACUAGAAGCCAAGCUGAAGGAGCUAGCGGAGGAUGAAGAAAGGCUGAUUCAGGAGUUGGAGGAAGUAGAGCGAAACCAAGAGCAGGUGGCUCAAGACAUAGAGCAAGUCCGACAGGAGGCAGAGAGGCUAGAGCAGGAGGAGGCUCAAUACCAAAAAGAGUACAGUGAGUUCAAGCGUCAACAGCUGGAUUUGGAUGAUGAACUAAAGAGUGUGGACAACCAGAUGAGAUAUGCUCAGUUGCAGCUGGACAAGCUGAAAAAGACAAAUGUCUUUAAUGCCACCUUCCAUAUAUGGCAUAGUGGUCAGUUUGGCACAAUCAACAACUUCCGGCUCGGUCGUUUACCCAGUGUUCCUGUGGAGUGGAACGAAAUCAAUGCAGCUUGGGGUCAAACUGUUCUACUCCUGCAUGCCCUGGCCAACAAAAUGGGUCUUGAGUUCCAAAGGUACCGACUGGUGCCAUUUGGAAACCAUUCUUACUUGGAAUCACUCACAGAUAAGGCAAAGGAGCUUCCACUGUACUGUUCAGGUGGGCUAAGAUUUUUCUGGGAUAACAAGUUUGACCAUGCAAUGGUAGCUUUCCUGGAUUGUGUGCAGCAAUUCAAGGAAGAGGUAGAGCGAGGGGACACUGGGUUCUGUCUUCCCUACAGGAUGGAUGUUGAGAAGGGGAAAAUUGAAGACACCGGUGGCAAUGGUGGAUCCUACUCUAUUAAGACACAGUUUAACUCUGAGGAACAGUGGACUAAGGCUCUAAAAUUCAUGCUGACCAAUCUGAAAUGGGGUUUGGCUUGGGUUUCCUCUCAGUUCUACAACAAGUGACAUGGGAAUGGCGGCUGGACCACAACACACAUGUCAUCAAUGUUUGAUAUCAAUGGCACUGAGGAGGGGGGUUCUAAUAGCUGUACGUGUAAUGAACCCUAUCGCUGCCUGAGGCUGGCUCCUCUGGCAUUAGAGGUGCUAAUGCAGCUUUUUGCCUUUUCAGUUGUAACACCAGUGACUUGACCAGGAGGCCAUUUGUGUAAACGGACAAGUAAUUUUGAAACGUAGAAAGCGGAGCCACCUUUAAAGCUUGUUUAGGACAUAGAUAACUGUUAAAAAUAUAAAAUAUAUAUUGAUCAAAUGUACAGGAAAAUGGGGAGAGUAUAUUGAUACUUCUAGUUAUGCAAUGGAAUAUGUUGUAGCAACCAAGACACUUGUAUAGGGGUAUUUUUUCCUCUAGCUGCCUAUAUCAUACCUCCUCUGCAAGAUAAAGCUGGGGUGGGACCGAUCUAUUGGCACUUCCUGUAUAGUUGUAUUUAUAUUUGACCUCAAGCAAUAGAUGACAUUGGGGCUUUUGCAGCAAUGUAAUGGACUUGUAAUGUAAUGAAUGAGUUGUUUGAAAAUAAAGUUAUUUGUAAUGUAUAUUUCCAGCAUCUGUGCACUAAUGAUGUAACACACUGAAAUAAAGAGGGUUCUGCAAUUGUACCAAAAA